AUGUUGAAGUGGUACAACUACACGGGCGAAGCCUUCUUCGUGAAAAAGAAGGACCGCGGGUUCAGACACGUGACGUCCACAGCCAAGCAGAUUAUCCGCGAGGCGCUGCCGAUCCAAUGCGUCGAGGCCGUCUUUGUCGGGGCGUACCUUACGGCGGACAUGGCUGAGGCAGGUCCUCUAUUUUUUCAAACCCUAGCAGACUCGUCCACACUGUCUCCAUAUUUACGUCGCUUUCUUCUGCCGGGUUACAUGGUGGGUGUCGAUCGUUUUCCUGUAUGCUUCCGAUCGUCUCUGGAUGGGCGCGUGUACAGGCACAUUGUCUUAGCCGUGCGCAGUGGGGGGAAGUGGGGUUCUCUGGGUCUGAGUCGCCGCGACACGCUCAUGUACAAGGAACUGAAGUACGAGCUGUUUUCGAAGCUUGUUGGUGACUUCAGGGAAUCGUACGCUAGCAACUGGCACCGCCUGGAACAGGUCUGGGUAGGUUUCCCUCUUCCUCAUGACAUUUCUUCCAACGUGGCCGUCAAGUGGAAGGUAUUGGUGGUGUGA